AUGACUUCUCAGAUCUCAUACAAUUUCCGUGAACUAUUCUUCAAGGAGCCUCCUUCUCGGGAUAUAUUUGAUGUACCAAAUGUUGUGACAAAGUUCUACCAGCAUAUCUUGUCCUUGGUGUUUGCCAUCAACGAGAUCAAUAAGAAUCCAAUGAUCUUGCCCAAUGUCACACUUGGGUUCCACAUCUUUGACAGCUACUAUGAUGCGAGGCUGACAUAUCAUGCCACUCUUGGCCUGCUCUUCAAAUCACAGACGUUUGUCCCCAACUACAAAUGUGACAGCCGGAAAAAGAUCAUAGCCAUCAUUGGAGGACUUGGCUCUGAUGUCUCUUUCCGUAUGGCAGACAUACUGAGUCUCUACAAGAUUCCGCAGCUCCACACAUUUCUGCAAGCUACUUUGUUCAACAACUCAGCUGGAGAAACAUUGUCCUUCCACAAUAACAGGGAAAUGGAGGGAGGAUUUGAUAUAACGAAUGUGAUCACAUUUCCUAACAGGUCCUUCCAGAGAGUGAAAGUUGGAACUGUUCUUGAGGGGAAAGAAUUACUCAUUAACGAGGAGAUAAUAACAUGGCCUAGGAGCUUCAAUCAGGUGAAGCCUGUUUCUGUGUGUAGCGAUUCUUGUCAUCCUGGUUAUCAGAAAAAAAGGAAAGAAGGAGAGAAAUUUUGCUGUCAUGAUUGUGCUUUGUGUCCGGAAGGGAAGAUUUCAACACAGAGAGAUAUGGAUGACUGUUUCAAAUGCCCCAAAAAGGAAUACCCAAGCAGAGACCAAGAUAAAUGUAUUCCCAAAACUGUAACUUUUUUGUCUCUUGAAGAACCUUUAGGGAUCAGUUUAGCAUCUAUUGCUUUUGCUUUUCCCCUGAUCACAGUUUCAGUGCUAGGGAUUUUUAUUAAGCUGCAAGAUACACCCAUAGUCAAAGCCAACAACCGGGACCUCACCUACAUUCUCCUGUUCUCUCUCCUGCUCUGCUUCCUCUGUUCUUUACUCUUUCUUGGAAGACCUAAUCAAGUGACCUGUUUUCUCCGUCAGCCUGCUUUUGGCAUCAUCUUUUCAGUGGCUGUUUCUUGUGUAUUAGCCAAAACCAUAACAGUGGUUGUUGCUUUCAUGGCAACCAAACCAGGGUCCAGCAUGAGGAAGUGGGUGGGGAAAAGACUGGCCAACUCCAUUGUCCUUUCCUGCUCUCUUAUUCAAGCAGGCAUUUGUGUGGUGUGCUUAGCAAUCUCUCCUCCAUUCCCAGAUCUGGACAUGGAUUCCUUAACUGGACAGAUCAUAGUGGAAUGCAAUGAAGGUUCUGCCAUCAUGUUCUAUCUUGUCCUGGGUUACCUGGGACUUCUAGCCAUCAUCAGCUUCACUGUGGCGUUCAUAGCCAGGACCUUGCCGGAUGCUUUCAAUGAAGCCAAGUUCAUCACCUUCAGCAUGUUGAUUUUUUGCAGCGUUUGGUUUUCCUUUGUUCCAACCUACCUGAGCACCAAGGGGAAAUACAUGGUAGCUGUGGAGAUUUUCUCCAUCUUAGCCUCCAGUCUUGGGUUACUGGUCUGUAUCUUUUCCCCCAAAUGCUACAUAAUUGUGUUGAGGCCUGAUCUAAACACCAAGGAGCAGCUAACAAGAAGAAAGAAUUAG